GUCAGGCGUUGGCGGCUGUGACGGUGUCGUGGGUGUUGGUGUUCGGGUCACUGUCUCUAUACUUGCGUCUGUUCUGUCCUGUCGCCGUCACAACCAAGGAACGUAUAAUCCUUGGUCACAACUCCUCGACGGUUUCUUCAUCAUCACGCUUGACAUAAGAAUAGGAGAGGUAAAACUGCUCAGUAUUUCAUUACUAUGGUACGUAUUUCUUUCACGCCAGAAUAAGGCCAUGAAGUGAUGAAGGCUUUGCGAAACACGAAUGGAAAAACUGGCACGAGAAAUUGAAGCAUGCUAGUACAGCAGACAAAAGAGUGUUAAUCAGUUGCUGCUGUGAAUUGAUUAAUGUUCAUGUAUAAGUUCUCGAAUUUCUGAAAAGGCUAUUUCAAGUGAUCGACGAAAAAAUUUCAUACACAACGUGUGAGAGUAAGACAAAUUAACAGAACUGUGCACGUUGAAGGUCAUCAAAAAGGAAGAAAGAAGUAGAGUAUCUGAAGGGUGGACAUGGCAGGCCACGGGAGACCUAUUGUUGCCACCGAGGAGGUUACCCGAUCCAGGAGAAUAGCACUUCCUCUUUCCCUCACAAGUCGCCUGCAGACCAACACUUGGCGACAGGUGUUCACAUCCUUGAGACCCCUCGUCGCCCAGACUCGGCAGAGAACCCUCAAUACUUAUGCUCGCAGGCUUCACCAUAGACAACUCAGUCAUCAGUCAAGAAGAGGAAGGUCAGAUGAGCAGUCUUUCCAGAACCACAGGGAGGACUCUGUAGUGUGGUCAGGAUGGCCGUCAUUGUUCAGCUCCCCACCACCACACCAGCACAUUGGUACACGGACCAGUGCAGGAGGGGAAGCACAGAGUAACAAUAGCCAGAAUGUUGUAAUAGACAUUGAGAGUGGUGAUAGUCCUGUGAGGAAUGCAUCCAGUAAUAUUGUAGAUGACACUUCACUUAGUGAACAGUUCACAAACACCCUGGAUGCUGAGAACAUUAGUGGCCCUGGAGGACGGAGAGCUAGAGAACCUCCUGAUCACACCAGUGCCCCUUCGGCUGUCGAACCUUUGCUACCUGCUGGAACGUCAAGUGUUGCAGCAGCUGUAGGUGAAAAUGGGAGUCCUGAUGCUGCUAAUGAAGAGGACAAUGCUAGGAACAGGAGUGCCAGUGAAUCGCUGACUGAGUUACUCAGUCAGUUCCCGGAGGUUCGCAGUGGUUUACUGGUUGCUUGGAAUUACUGCAUCUUCCUGUUUAUACUUCUUGCCAAAGCAGUUUUUGAUCAUCUCACAGGCCUGAUGGUCAUCUUAGCUCUAGUCGUUGGAUUCUUGUGGAGCAAUAAUAUUGUGAAGAAGGCAGUGUCUCAGCAGGGAAGGCGGCCCAUCAAGCCUCUCUUGGCACUACUGGUUAACUUACCUGCUGGAGUCUUUCUCUUGUACUAUUCCUACAGGAGUGAAAAGUUGUUUUACAGUGCUCUCCUCAUCCCUCCUGAACAUGAGGGGUUUGGAGUGCUGGACCUCAUGUGGAUUGUGAUUGUGUCAGACUACGUGUUGAAAUUGGCUACUGUGCUGCUGAAGACAGUCAUUGCCCUCAUGCCCCACUCCUUCAUGCACUACCAAAAUAGAGGCAAAUACUUCCUGGUGGUUGAGAUGGGCUCCCAGCUCUACCGAUGUCUGGCCCCCAUCCAGCCCUGGCUCUCCUACCUGCUGGAUGGGUACACUGGCCCCCCUAAAGUCUUAGGAGUGUUCUUCUCAGCUGCAUACAUGGUCUGCAAGGGACCUGACAUUGUAACAAAGAUGAAGUGCUUCCAAGGAGCUAUCAUCAAGUUCAUCAACAGUGUGAACUAUGGCUGCACUCCUAGUAAGGCACAGCUUGAGGAUGCUGGAGGCCUCUGCCCAAUAUGUCAUGAUGACUUCUUCUCACCAACAAUGCUAAGAUGUAAGCACAUCUUCUGUGAGCAGUGUGUUGUCACCUGGUUUGACCGAGAACGGACGUGCCCUAUGUGCAGAACUCAGGUGGCUGAUGAUCCUGCCUGGAGGGAUGGCAGCACCACCCACUUCCUACAGCUGUAUUAACAUUACAAAUAUACAGUGCAGUAAGUCAUACAAGUAUUUCAUGUGAUUAGUAAGAAACUCAUGGUAUCAAUGAUUCACUCUUCCCAUAAGUCAUCUUUCAGCAGUAGAUUUUUUACCUCUUCUUUAUUGAACAGUUGCCUGUUUUCAACAAAUAUAUAGGGACCAAUAUCUUGUGGCUCAGUCGAUGACAGUAUGCAGCUGAACCAGCAUGUAGAUAGCCAUGCUUUAUCAUUGUCUUUUCAAUCAACUCACAAGAUUUACCUUUUUAAAAGUUUUUUUUUUUUGUGCGAUUUUGUAUCCAUGCUUUGUUUAGAGUAUAUAUUUACUCAGAAGAUAUUACUUUUCACUGUCAAUGUCAACAUGCUCUACAUAACUUUUAAGGAUCUUCAAUUAAUACAACAUAAACUAUGAACCUGUAAAGGAAUGAAACAAUUCAGAUUUUGACACCAUGUUACAUCAAAAUUUCAACAACAGUAACUGAACCAAAAUUUUUAAUUUUAUUUUUCUGUGAACAUGGUCAUUUCCAAAUAAUUAAGCUGACACAUGAGAAAACAGUGCAUUAACAUACUCAGACUUUUUAUAGGCCUUUCUAGACUGCAAUUAACAAAACUUGCAAAUUUUUAUUGAACAUAUAGCUCAGUUUUUCCCAGAAUUUAUCCAGAUCCCCCCAGAAAUACUUUUGUGAAUACACCUUCCAUUCAUAACUAUAUUCAUCCUUCACUGCAGUUUGGAAUUUUCACCUUACCUUACAUAUUCUCAAAAUUCUGAUAUCAUUUGGAUACACAUCCAAAGUAUUUUUCACUUUAAAUAAUUUAUUUCUUUCCUUUAAUUAUCAUAUUUGGUGUACUCCACGAUCUCAAGACCUCGCCUCACUUCAGUGGCUGGAGUUUUGCUCUAGCCAUUGUAUGUUGUGUUAGGUUAUCCUUUAAAGAUGGAACAUGGUUGCAAAUGGUUCCUGAUUUCAGUAGUGUGCCACUGCCAUGUGAAUGACAUCAACUCAGUCUGUUCCAUAGCACUUCAUUCUGGAUGCUUUGGCCUCUGGCUCAGUGCUUGUGUCACUCCUCUCUAUUCUUUUCUCAUCUUCCCCUCAAUUCUGUACUAAAAAAGUAAAUAAGAAAAAUGUUAAGAUUUUAAUAUUCAUAGUUUAUGUAUGUGAAUUUCUAACUGAAAGAUAUGUUAAGCAUUUUUCAAGGACAGUUGUAACAAUCCAUGAUAUUGCAACCAUUUUUUUGCUACUGCUCACAACCAGCCUUAUACCUACUUUAGCUUUUUUGUUAUUUUUAGCCCAAGCAAAAUUACUGGAAUUACCUUCCAGGUGCACUGAACAGGGAAUUCACAAUAAUGGGACAAUAAUUAGUGUGUAGGUUUCUAUUACACUGGAGUGCCAGUGUUAUAAUUCAUGAGGAAAACUGUUCAUUCCUAAAGAUAAUUUUUCUUUUUACCAAGGAUUUAUUUUUAUAUUUGUUUAGUGAAUGAAGAGUAUCAUUAAUGCAAGAUAAGUGAGAUCAUAUACAUAUUGCUUUGGUCAAGCAGAUUAUAUAACAGUAAUGAGCUAAGGUUCAGAGAGGAUCUUUCCUCUAGCCAAAGUAACUGCCUUGUGCAGGGUUUGAACUCAACUUUUUGGCUUAGAGUCCAACACCAACACCUUAACUACAGAGCCAUCCAGCCCCCAUCCAUGGAUUUAUUGCUUUAUUUGAAUGCAUCAUUCUUCCUUAAUAUUCUAGAGUUUGAGUUUCUUUAGUGUGUCUCAGCAUAAUUCCCAUGAUAAUUGUGAGUAUCUGAAUGUUGGAUUCCAGGAAAUCUAACAUUCCAGGGAAUGACUGACUUCAUGAGAUUUGAACCUAGUCAUACAUGUAUAUACAGAUUGAUAGAUGAAUAUACAUAUUUAUAGAUGAAGCUACAGUUGAACCCUUACAUGUUGAGACAGUGCUACACAUGUAGAAUUUCCCACUUUGGUGGAGUUGAAAGUAUAAUAGUCGUUCACCAAUAAUCUCGUCCCACAAGAUUGUCAUCCAAGAAAAAAAAAAACAGGACAUAAAAUAGUGAAUGGUAUUAGCGAACAGUGCAAUUAAACACUCAUUUCAUAUAAUCUAUAAUUUUUAAUCUACAUUCACCUUCUCAAAAGAUCCCCUGUCUAUGUCAGAUCAUCCCUAAUAAAUUGCAUUUUUAUCACAAACACACCUAAUGAGUGGUUACUGUUUUUCCACUUCUCCAUUCCUACGAGGUGUUUCCCUUAAUCCUCCUCAUCAGGCAUAAAAGAAAUUUUUAUUAUUUUCCUUUACAUAUAUAUAUAUACAAGUAGUUCAUUUCAAACUUUAGCUGCUUCCAUCUUAUAGCACUUCUUUCUGUAAUUACUUGCAACCAAUAUCAAAUUCUCUCUCUCUCUCUCUCUCUCUCUCUCUCUCUCUCUCUCUCUCUCUCUCUCUCUCUCUCUCUCUCUCUCUCUCUCUCUCUCUCUCUCUCUCUCUCUCUCUCUCUCUCUCUCUCUCUCUCUCUCUCUCUCAUAUGCACACACACUUAAAAGCACUGCAUUUCUUGUACUUAAUUGGAAGAAUACUAACUGGUGCUAUAAUGGACUUAUUUCACACUUGUCUUGUUCAGGGAUUUAGCUAUAUCUUUGGUAUGGUGCUCCCAUGUGCAUGUAAUGUUUGAAGUAAGUGGUGUUGGAUUGAGGCCACAGCAUUGUAGCAUUUUCUCUCUUCAUGAAUGUAUUAGUGAAGUUGUAUGAUCAUCUAUUCCAGCCAGUUAACACUGGUAGUCAAGCAAGUGUGUAUGUGCACCUGUGUUAUUUUCUAUUUCUAUGGCAUAUAUAUGUACAAAGGCAGAUUUUACUGUAUCAGUGAUUAUAAAGAAAUAAAGAAAAUCUUAAUUGAGAUUUAUUGUGCAAAGCCACUUCAUACUAAUCCUUCUUUUCAAUGAACUUUUAAUUCCAAAGCAGAUCUGCUAGUUCACAAAGUUUGUCAAGACACUAAUUCUUUGGGACAGAAAAAUCUUAUUGAAGAAAUGGUUUUACUCUGCAAAAUGCCUUUGGGUGAUGCCAGGCAAUUCUUAAAUUCUGGCAUUGACUGGUGCCGAGAUGAUGAUCUAUUCUCGUGGCUGCUGAAUUUACCCAGUUGUGCACAUCUGCUUCCAUGUAUGUUAAACUAUAUCUUAGAAGAUUUAUUCCUGAGUAUUAAAAUUUUCACAGGAAAUCUUACAGCUUCUCUUGAAUGUUACUUAUUCAAGAUGGCUUUGAUCUGUAUUUUAUAUUCACACAUGGCCACAAGUCUUACCAUUUUCUAGGAAUGGUUCAUUAGAAAUUUGACAUCACAAUGAAGAUUGCAUAUGCAUAUGCAAUCUGAUCCAUCUCUCCUUAUAUAUGUUUACAACUAUGUGAGACAUGGAUUCUUGUAGUUAAUCAGUAAGCAUAAGGCACACAUACUACCCUUAUACUUGUUAAGAUAAUGUAAUGAGUAUGUCAAAAACAAAUAAGUUAGGCCCAACAAAGUUAUUGAAAGUUUUGAGUUGCAUUAUAACAACCACUGUUCAAUUAUAGACCUAAUCAGUUAAUUCCAUGAAGGAGAUUAUUUACAAUAAGGAACUCAUAAGUGUCCUCUCACAUCUCGGGAACCUUUCACACAGGACCACUUAGCAGUACUGCUCUGUGGCAUGUGAGUAUGUAGCACUUCAGGAAUGUUACAUGCAUCAAUGACACACAUGAAGCUCUGCUUAAGGCAAUGUCAAAUUAGGUCGAGGUACUAGCAGCACUACAAUUGUACCACACACACACACUUCUAAAACAGUGAUUGAGCUGCAGCUGUGUGAAGGCUGUAAAAUUCUAUGACAAGCUGCGCAACUUUUCUCAUGGCAAAAGCAGCUACUCGUGCAUAUUGGCGGCUCUACUUUUUUGUGGUCAUGGCUGCAUACGAAAGCCUUCAUUUAUCUUUAGUAUUUAUUAAUGAACAAUGGCACAGCUAACUGGCAGCAUUUGAAAGAGGCCUUGAGCAGACCUUCAGAUUUGUAUUAACAGCAUCACUGACUCCUUAUGAUUAGCUCUAGUUACUAAAGUGCUAUUCACAAGCCAUAGAGCAGCACUGAUAUGUGGCUCCAUGUGAAAGGAGCCUAACUUCAAGACCUCCAGGGCAGAGAGGAAUUGCACUGUGCAGGCAUUAUAUGCAGCAUGCACAGAUCUCUAUAAUUUACCAAGUUCUUUAAAAAAUAUAUAUUAGCAACUUGAACAUUAUACUCUUCAUCCAUUGUAAGUGUUUGUUAUAUAAGGAAGGAUUACUGUAUUUUCUGUACUUGCUAUUGUGUUGGUGGCAAAGGAAAACUUAACUUUUGAUCUAAAUAGAGGGAAACCAUGUUGUUACAAGGAGCAAAACUACUCCCAUUUGCCACUCGUGCACCUUACACUUCCUAAGAAUAAUUUUGUGUCCUUUACUGAAAAUAUGCAACAGACAUGCAUACAAGAUGUCUGCAGGGGAUAGCCCACAGGUGUGGGUACUUUGGUUAUACAGUGCAAUAUAUUUGAUGUGGGAGCAGGGAUAGGUUUGAUGUAGAAAAUGCUUGGGUGAAGGUCAGCAACAUACUUAAGAUGAGCCUAGAUUUAACUAAGAAUAUAGGGCAAGGCAGGAAGGUCAAAAUGGUGAGAUAGGGACAGAUGCAUGAAAUGAAUUUGGGAGAUAUAGAUUGAUUAAUGCAUAAUAUUGUAAAUGAGGUGAAGUUUGGGUGUUAAUAGCAAGGUGGCAGGCUUGGGUAGGUUAUUACAGGGAGCUGCCUUGCCAUUCAUCUGAGUUAGGGCAGCUAGAAAGAAUAACAUGUGAAAUAUGAAUAGGGUCACACUGAUUCAAAGCCUCAGAUUGAGUUGGGCCAACUGAAUUCCAGUUGCAAGCAAAAUUCACCUCAUUAGUGUAUGUCCAUUUGAAUAAAAAUCAGUGUUGAUUUUUAAAAACAUUGAACUAUUUACUAAAAGUUUAUUAUGAAAGGAGGAUGUGGUAGAACUGGUGGGUGUGGGUUGUGUGCCCAAAGAUCUUACAAAUGAAGGGAAGGGUGAUGGUUAAGAUACUGCAGAUACUGCAGCUUGGCCUCAUACAAAAAAGAAAAAUAUGUUGUGAAUGCAGGUGAGAUGUUGGAAAAGUUAGGCACCCAUGUAGACCUCUGGUAUAUACACACACACAAUAUGUUACAUCUCUCUCUUCCAGCAAGUCAGUCAUCAUAUGACAAAGUCAUGUCUUCCCCCCUCUCACUAGUAGAUGCUACAGUUACAGUUUGUUUUGCUGCUUUGUCAAACGCAUGAGUGCUGCUUUGUCAAAUGCAUGAGUACUUAGAUAUCUGUUUUAAAUCUAUUUCAACAAAAUUUGUGCAUUAUAUGUAAUUUUAUUUUUUUUUUUUUUUUCCCCCUCAUUAUCAUAACUGAUAUAUUGACAUUGGCAGUCCUCAAACAUCAAAUACCUGUACCUUGAUACAAAGUCUGAAGUCAGUGCAGAUGGAAUGAUCUGUUUCAUCACUUAAAAAACUCAUUUUUUCCAACUAUGCAUCAUUAAUUAAUUUUUCAGUGGGUGUCUAUGCAUAGAACAUUGUUUCAGAAUUCCAAUGUUUUAUAAGAUCACCAGUCAUUAGAAAUAUAAACAUAAUAAGAGAAAAAACAUAUUAUUAAGUAAUAUAUUCAUCUUUGUUCUCUUGCAGUUUAUUUAAUUCAAGUGAGUUUAUUAUGAUGUAGCAGCGGACUGAUCAUAAAAUUUCUGCUAUAGGGCCUUAAAUGGAGUGAGAGAUCAUUUAUAAUUAAAAGUGGCUGCUUGAAACAUGGGGCCAAGAACAAACCUCCCUGAAAAGAAGCUAAAAAGUGUAAUUAUAGAAUUUGUUUACUAUCUUAGAAAUAACAGUAAUACAAGCACAGCUGAAUUGCACAUGCUGCUAACAUUCAUAGAUCAUCACAUAAUUGCUAUCUUUGGUAAAUAUGAGAUCUUUGUAAAAGCAGCCACUACUACUUAUAGUUAGUUAUAAUGCAAAUCAUUAGUACACUUCCAUUAUCUAAAGAUAAUGACAUGAGAAAUUUGCAUAAGCACAUCUUUCCAUUAUGAUAUAAAACAUAUUGCUGUUAACACUGUCAUAUGAUAUUUUGGGCUGGCCUGUGUAACACAUGUAUGAGAAAACCCUAUCCAUCCUGAUCCCUUAUGUAUGAAGUAAUAAUCUUUGGAUAAUGGAAGCAUUUAUUAAUUUGUUGCAUUAGAAUUAACUGUAAAUGGCUACUAAGACAAACAUUUGAUAUUUAUAAUGAGUGCAUCAUAAUCUUUGGCCAUCUGGCAUGACUAUAUUAUUUGGUUACUAUUUCCACCACAGAAAAACCACGCAGGAAAGACACAUUUACAGUAAAAUCUCUAUAAAUUGCUAUUUUAUAAUUCAGAAUUCCACAUAGGCUGGCAAGAAAAAUGGUGCAAGAAAAGUGGUCAAAAAAGAUGAAGUUUGCACCAUGCUAACUAAAACAAGUCAAGCCUGACAUAACCUGAGCACUUAUAAUUACUGCAUAAGUUAUGAUAUUACAGUAAGAAGGGUUGUUAGUUCUGGUUUUGGCUUUGUUGGUUGAAGGUUGGGAGGGUUAGCCUUUGCAAUGACAUUUCCUGAUGUGGUUUUGUAUACUGUUUUGUCUGCAAUCUCAUCUCUUUUCUCUCUCUCAAAUAUCACAAUUUUCCUUAUAUUUUUUUCUUCCAAAAAACUGUACUAGUUUUGUUUCAAUGUUUCUGCUGUCAAAAAGGAUGCCACCAAUAAUUCUAUCUUCAUUUUUGUUAUAUGGUCUUUGUAAUUUAUCCACUUGUCUCCUGUGGUAAACAUGCAGUUAAAUGAGCUUUGCUUACCUGCAGCAUCUUGGGUAAGAGAAAGAGAAUGGAGUGAUGAUAAGGAUAAAAGAAGAGAUGGAGGCCAGAGAUGUCAAGUGGAUAAAUUACAAAGACUACAUAUAACAUUAAAAUCAAACUGGUGAGCUCCUUUUUGACAACAGUAACAUUGAAACAACAAAAAAUACAAUACAGUCUUUCAAAGAAAAGAAGAAAGUGCAAGGAAAAUUAAGUGACAUUUAAGUGAAACAAGAGACCAGAUAGAAACCAUAAAGAACACCUAAUCAGGGAGGUGCAUUCAUAAAGGCUAAACAUCCUGAACUUGAACAAGAAUCAGCAGCCUGUCUUAAUGUCAUCUGAGAGCAGGAUGCAAGGGAUGAAACUGAAGAUCCUGAGCCUGCAGGUUUUUUUAAGUGAUGUAUUUCUCACAUGUUGGAACUUCAACAAGUUGGCAAAGGCUGACCCCCUAUUAUCUCAACUUAUGGAGUUUUACUGUACAUGGUAACACACAGGUCCUCAUUCAUUCUUUGAUUAACAAUAUUUGUGAGUUUUGAUUAUACUUGCUUUUAGAAACAUGUACUUUCUUAUCAAGCACCACUAUUCUUACCCCUCACUGUCUUAUACACACCAUAUAUAUUUUUGCAUUUGCCAAGUUCUUGUGAUGUUUAAACACAUCUGCAAGUGAGGCUAAGAUAGUGAGAGUAAUGAUUGUUACAGAUUAGGGCUCAGUACUAAGGAAAUUUAACUGCAAAUUGACAUAUGUUGUCUGUUAUAUAAGUUUAAGGCUCCUGAAGAGCAUGAGAUACCCCCAUCACAAAGAUGUGUUAGGACUUUGCCUCACUUAAGGUGAAGGUGCCAAAUGGCAGAAAAUCCCACCAUUACAGCAAGACAACUGAAGGAACAGAAUCUCAUGCUUCACAGAAGCCUUGCUUAGAAACCAGGUGAGGUAUUAUAACUUAUAACAUCAGUCAUACAUUUUUCACAUCAGUUUGCUGAUAUAUUUCCUUGGUACUGAGCCCCAAUUUGUAGUUCUCAAUCACUCAUGUGCAAAUAUGUAUGUGUUCCACAAGGCUGCAGAGAAAGUGUGGGUGGUAGAAUUCACAAGAAAGCACACAUUUCUUCAGGUAAGCAUAAUUAAAACUUGCUAUCAUUCCCAAUCAAAGCAAUGAGGAGAACUCACAUGUUGUCAGAUAGCAGUGUGAAUGUUGGCAGCAUGCACAAUACAGCUGUGCCUACAUCAAUGUUGUUUGUAAGAUAAUGAAAAGAUUGUAACAAUUAUAAUACUGUCAACUCCAUUUCAAGGAUGGUUGGUGCUUGGCCCCUUGUGAAAAGUAGCCACUCAUACAAAUGAGGCCAUGACUCAUAAAUAUACUGUGGGUCUGUGGGGUGUGGUGAGAGAGAAAUAUAUGAGAAGCUGUUUGCAUAUUCACUGGUGGUUGGAUACACACACAUCCAGGCAAACUUGACUAUUCUAGUCCUAUAUUUUACCUACACUAUCCUUCAGGCUAACAAACCAUAAUCAGUCAUACAUUUUUCACAAACAUCAAUCAUAACAUGCAUGAUAAACAAUAUUAGUUACAAUACUGCCAUUACAUAGAUGCCUAAACUGAAAGGGUAGGGGGAAACUGAAGUGAACUACACACACUUCUGUAUGGGGUCACUGUACUCCCUAGGCUCUUCUCUCACACACACACUUUAUGUAUGGGAUCACUGUACUCUUCUACCCUGUUCUCCCCCCCUAUCUUUUUAAUCCUAAAGUAUCAUUACAUAUUAUACAUAUUAAAGAUACAUUCAGACAUCCUUUUCAUUGAUUCAUUUUUUUCAAAUUACUGGCAUAUUCUAAAUGAAGAUCUAGAGUUUAUUUCAGAUCUGCCUAUUAAAUUAUUUUUUGUCCAAGUUUCAUGUUAUUUGGAACCCCCCAAUUACAUGGACUGACUGGUUUGUUGGAGAAAUAUGUAUCUUUUGAAUAGAAGGGUCUUCUGGUGUAUAAUGGGUGUAUAAUACUCAGAACUUCAAUGUGUGACAUGGCCACUGCUGCUUUGUGGGCAUACAUCACAUCCCUGUGACUAAAGUAUAUUCCUGUCACAUUUCCAAUUGAAUUAUGCUUCAGUCUUAAAGAAACCUCUUAAAGGGUAUGGGACAUCAAGACACUAUCAAUGCUACUUAAAAUCAACAGCUUGAACCAAUUCUCUGACAGUCAACAUGGUGUUUUUUUUACCUUUAGAGUGAAAUAGUUUUUUUUUUUAUCUUUAUAAUGAAAUAGAACUAAUUAUAUUACUUUCAAUAACAUUUCCUUCAGUGGCAAACAAAUGGAAAAAAAUGGUUCACUUACUGGCUGACCAACAAGAGUAUGUAUGCUACUGUGCACCACAAGAGUGCUCACAUCGUUUCCACCAAUAAUACAUUCCUUAAAGUUUUCUGGAAUUACAUGCAGAUUCUUUUUAUGUAAGAUUACCAUGGGUGGAAAAAUGAAGACACUAGUGACAAAGUUAAAUGAUUUCUAGUAACAGAAAAUCCUAUCUACAGUCUUUCAUUGUAGAUUUAGUAAUACGUAACUACUCCAAAGAUGUAAUUUGAGUGUGAAAAGUUUAGUAAUGGUUUGUACUUUACUUAAGUGCUGAGAAAUUGAAAUCCUCAGUUACUGUGGAAAACACUGGAAACCAAUUUACCUUGUUAUAUUUUCUGAACUCUAAGCAACUAUCAAACAUGGUAAGUGUCUACAUUAUGGGAGGCAUUUCCUUUUUAAAUACACCUUUUCAUAGGAAAUUAUAAAUGCUCAUUAAUUGUGGGACAAAAAGGCUCACACAAAAUUUCUCAUAAAAGGAGCAAGUCACCUAAAAAAAUGUCUCAUGAUGUAAGACCACAACAUUUUAUCAUAUAUGAAUUAAGCUAGUGUUUGUUCUAAAAUAAGGCAUUCACUUGAUAUUUGCCUUUGUAUUGUGCACAUAAUAUAAACUAUGUAUGCAAUCAGAUGUAUACUAUUUUUUUCCCCAUAACAGUAUUACCAUGUUAGCAAAGAAAGAUGUAACCAAUUUUAAAAACUAAUAAAAUUAUUUUUUGGUGUGAUGUG